AAAAGUAAAACUAACAUUUCUGGUAUGAAUUUUUUUUACAAUCGUGAUAUUAUAUGAUAUUCAAUUAAACCCAUACAAGGCAAGUCAUUUAAACAAGCUGAUAUAAUGCACUUUUGAAAUCGUUAUCUCCAAAAAAGAAUGAAAUUUUAUUUUUAUUUGCUAUAAUCUUUACCACGUGGUAGUUACAAUGGUGAUGCAAAUUGAAGUGUCACCGUGUACUUGAUUACCGUGAGUUGCGGUCAGGAAGUCCGAUAAAACACAUCCUGACCACGUCCUGAAUCGCGCGGAACAAUUCACUUUGCGCGCUGGUGUCGUGUAAUAACAUGAUAACAUAAAUCAGAAGAAGCAGAGGCAUAAUGGAAUAAUGUUUUGCAUUUUGCUCCUGCAGUGCGACGAUAUAAAUACAAUAAUAUUCUGAUCGUAUACGCGUAAUAUGCUUUGCAUGCAAAAAUCAACGGAAAGUGAUCCACUAACGAAGAUACAAUGGCUACCAAGCUUGCGAUCAGACACAAGGACUCUCUCGUCUUGAAGGAAAAUAAGCUGUUACGCAACUGUGAGACUCGCAAACAGUCGAAGCUGAAACAAUAUGAGCAUCUGUCGCUCCCUUGGUUAAUAUUGGGCAUAUUUUUGGCUUAUUGGCUCAUCUUGUGUCCUCUGACAUGGGCCGCAUGCUACGUAUCGACAUUGACAACACACUGGCCUUCAUACUGGCCCUCUUUCUUCUGGACAGUCGCAUUUCUAACAUGGAUCAUCAUCACCUGCGGACUAAUGAUCUUUUGGAGGUAUUUACAAGUUAAACAAAAUGACGAAAUUAAUGUGAUCUCGAAAUAUGGCUCGGAUAACGUAGCGGAAAGACCUACAAGUACCCACCAGAUGACCGUGUCAAUCGAAGACGCAAAGUCUCCCGAGACAAAGAGGACGAACGAUAUAUCCGAUAGGAUCGAUCGGGAAAACUUGCGAAGAAAGGAUCUACCACCGUUGUUGAUACACAAACGAAUGUCUGGCGAAGAAAUCGAAGAUACUGGAGUCGUGCACGUUGAAAAGGAGAACGAAACAGCUGAGUUGAACGUAGCCAGUGAUUACGUCGAGAAGAGUCCUUUGCAGAAUUAUCUGAAAUUAGUGACAGUGUCACCAUCCGAGGACGAGAUAAAGAUGCCAAUGUCUCCAAAGACACCAAUGUCGCCGAGAGAAUUGUUUUUCAUCGAUCUGAUUCGCGAGGCGGAGAAAGCCGAGAAUGCGCACUCGCUGAAAACGAAAGGACGUUUCUUUCCGAGUGAAGCAAUGGAGAAGGAUACAACGAGAAACGUGCAGGAUCGAAAGAACGAGAGAGACGCAGAGGCAGAGGACAAGGAAGACGUGAAUAAUGAGAGGAACGAAGAAACAAACAACGGAGAAGAAUCGAAGCAAGAGUCCUGUUACUUCAUAGCGGAUGUCGACAGUCGAGUUUGUGAAAAAACGCAAGUAUUUCUUCAGAUCGAGCCGAGUGUGAGCGAACAAGUGGAUUUGAUCGUGGAGAUUCCAUCUAACGAAUCCAAUGAAGCGAAUUUCCAAGAAGCUUCGCGAGCCGAUUGGAUUACCGAGGAUAACGAGUAAUGGCUAUAAUUAGUCGAUGUGGCAGAUGCGAUACAAGUGGGAAAUCAUUUACAAAACACCCUGUCCCUGUCGAAAAGAAAAAUCGAAAUGCCGCGUAAAUAAAGUACAUCAUAUCAUUAGCAA